ACUAAGUCUAAACCUAGCCAAGUCCAAAAUCCAACUCGCCCCUCUGUUUUCCGCCUUUUUUUUCCUUUUCGGCUUUUUUUGGUUCUUCUCUCUUAUCCCAAAAAGGCCUAAGCUUGCUCUAAGCCAAUAGCCCUAAUUAGGUCCAUUAGGGUUUUUGCCGCCAACGUUCUAAACCUUCAAGCUCAAACUCAAGCCCAUCAACUUCGUCUUCAACCUCUGAUUUUUCAAAAUUUCUAAUUUUUUAAUAUAUUUUUUUGAUAAACCCUAGUUUGAGUUGCAGAAGGCGAUCUUUGGUCUUCAGUCUGUGAUUUCCGAGGUGUGGUCAUUGUUCCCGCGUUUGUACCCUCAUCUGCCCGCACAAUGUGUUGCUUUUAUUUGUCCUGAUGAUGAAAUGCAUUGUUAUUCAUCCGCGGACAUGCUUGGCAUUGAGAACAAAAACAGAUGGAUACCUCUAUCCCUACUGAUAAUAAUGAGCCACUCAGUUCAGAAGCACAGCCUAACAGGCGUAGGAGAAAGAAAUCUAUUGUCUGGGACCAUUUCACAGUGGAAAGUGUUGGAGCUGGAUGCAGUAAGGCCUACUGUAAUCAGUGCAAAAAAUCAUUUUCAUAUAUUAAUGGUACAAAGUUAGCAGGCACCAGCCACCUCAAACGACAUAUUUCCAUGGGAAUCUGCCCAGCAAGCCGUCAGAAAGAUCAGCUAAUUCCAUAUACACCUGGAUCCAAGACUCUGGGAACCAAUCCCCCAAAAAGACGCUACAGAGUAUCCCCUGGGUUUGCAAGCUUCCAUCUUGACCAGAACCACUGCAAUCAUGAGAUAGCUAAGAUGAUUAUUCUGCAUGACUAUCCACUUCAUAUUGUGGAGCAACCUGGUUUUGUUGAUUUUGUCCACACUCUUCAACCGCAGUUCAACAUGUCAAGCUUCAAUGCCAUUCAAGGGGAUUGCGUGGCUAUAUACCUGAAAGAGAAGCAAAGCCUUUUAAACCUAAUCAGUGGAAUUCCUGGAAGAGUCAGCCUUGCAUUGGACAUGUGGAUUUCAAAUCAAAACCUGGGCUAUGUUUUUGUGACAGGACACUUCAUUGAUGGUGACUGGAAUUUACACCGUCGGAUUCUUAAUGUUGUUAUGGUACCAUCUCCUGAUUCAGCUGAUGCCUUUAGUCAAGCUAUUGUGACUUGCCUAUCCGAUUGGCAUUUGGAGGGCCAGUUGUUCACCGUCACGCUUGAUCAAUCCUUGUUGAAUGAAACUGCAACAGAAAAUCUAAGGGGCUUUCUUUCUGUCAAGAAUAUGCUCAUGCUUAAUGGUCAAUUAUUAAUAGGAAAUUGCUUUGCUCGUGUCCUAAGUCGUCUUGCACAAGAUGCAUUGUAUGCAAUGAGGGAGACCGUAAGUAAAAUUCGUGAAAGUGUAAAGUAUGUGAAGACUUCGGAAUCUCUUGAAGAGAAGUUUAUUGAGCUGAAGCGACAACUUCAAGUUCCUUGCAUGAAGAACCUUUUAAUUGACGACCAAAGUAAAUGGAAUACAACCUAUCAUAUGCUGGUGGCAGCCUGUGAACUAAAGGAAGUCUUUGCUUGCUUGGAUACCUCAGAUCCUGAUUACAAAAUGACUCCAUCCGUAGAUGAAUGGAAGCAGGUAGAAAUACUGUACACAUACUUGAAGCAUUUAUUUGAUGCAGCUAAUGUCUUGACAGCCCCAACGUACCCCACAGCCAAUGCAUUUUUCCAUGAAGUGUCAAAAAUUCAACUGGAGCUGAAGCAAGCAGCCAUGAGCGAGGAUUCUUUUAUUAGUUACUUGAUCAAACCUUUACAUGAUAGGUUUGAUCGAUAUUGGAAUAAUUGUUGCCUGGUUUUAGCAGCUGCUGUGGUUAUGGAUCCAAGGUUCAAAAUGAAGCUUGUGGAGUUCACAUUCUCCAAGAUUUAUGAGAAUGCUGAAACUGCUGAAACAUUGAUUAGAAUUGUUGAAGAUGGUGUGCACGAAUUGUUUAUUGAAUAUACCGAGCAGCAAAUGAUUAGUCUACCAGAUUCAGUCAUGGAAGAUGGGGAUGAUGGCAUCCUUAAAACAGACAUAUCUCAAGAAGUGUCCCCCGAGGUGCCCUUUAUAUCUGCUGGGGAUGGUCUUUCAGAUUUUGAAAUCUAUAUUUCUGAGAUUACAAGCCAGCAAAUGAAGUCAGAAUUGGACCAGUAUUUGGAAGAGUCUCUUCUGCCUCGGGUACAGGAGUUUGAUGUUCUGGGUUGGUGGAAACUAAACAGAAUGAAGUACCCUACUCUAUCUAGGAUGGCUUCUGAUAUUUUGUCCAUACCAGUAUCUACUGUUUCUCCCGAUUCAGUGUUUGACACUGAAAUAAAAAUGAUUGAUAGCUAUCGCGGUUCAUUACGUCCGGUGACGCUUGAAGCCCUUAUAUGUGCCAAGGACUGGCUCCAAUAUGGAUCCUCAACACAGACACCUUCACCCACAUUUGAGGUUUCUAAUGCAAUUGUCAAAAUGGAAUUCUAGGUUUAGUUACAUUUUUUUUAUUAUUAUAUAUAUAUUUUUUUAACCUUUGAAUGUAGGUAGAUCAUUGACGCCCUCAUUUUGGUUGUUCCUAGGGGGUUAAAUAGUGUCCAAAUUUCCGCUGUUAUCUUCAUGCUCAACAGUCAUAGGAUGUUUAUAGCUUAGUGUUCUUUUUACACUUUAAAUUUAUUAUUAUUUUUUUUUAUGGGUACUA